AUGGGGCAGUGUUUAUCUCGGGAGAAGCGUCCUGAAUUACCUCCUCGGACCUCACAUCAGUCGUUGCCAGAAGCCAACGUUCUCCUCAGCAAUGCCAGCACUCUGCCAAACUUUUAUAACCACUCGCCAAAUAGGAAUAUCUCUUCGUUCAGUCAACCUUCAGACCCCAAAUAUGAGGUUGUUGUGGCCUUGUACAACUAUGAGUCACGUUCUGAUGGGGACCUUAGUUUUAAACGGGGCGAUUUGAUGUACUUAAUGGAUAGUUCGUAAGUCGAACGGCCAGCCAGUUUUACCAAGAAUUUUAGAAACAUUGAUUGGUGGUAUGUACAGAGAGUUGCCGAUAACAAAACUGGCUAUGUCCCAAGGAACUUUGUCGCUUUACAAAAAACGGCCGAAAGCGAGGAUUGGUUUGCUGGGAAGAUUAGCAGAAACAGAGCUGAAAGAUUGGUUCUUUCUCCUAAUCUGCCGGUUGGAACUUUCUUGGUGAGGGAACGCGAAGUAAUCCCGGUAGAAUAUGCCAUUACAAUUCGAGACAUUAGUGACGGCAGACCUUGCGUAAAGCACUAUAAGAUACGAAAAAGCGACAAUGAGGGUUACUUCAUUACUCAUCGACGAAUGUUUAAAGAUCUAAGGGAAUUGAUCAAAUAUUAUAGAGGUAAUCUGUCAUGGGAUAAGAGAUUUAUUAUUUUGUUUAGACAACUCUGAUGGUCUCUGCCAGAAGUUGACUGUUGCUGCCCCGCGCAUUAUGCCUACGAGGCCAGAUUUGUGCUACGAGACUACCCAGCAAUGGGAGAUACCGAGGCAUGAACUUCAGCUCAAAGAGAAACUCGGCGAUGGAAACUUCGGUGAAGUGUGGCACGGAAAGUGGAAAGGGACUGUAGAGGUCGCUAUAAAAACUAUGAAGCCAGGAACGAUGUCCGACGAAGCCUUUCUACAGUAAGAAAAUUUGUAAUUGCUUUUAUUUAUUUAAAAUAUUUUUUAGAGAGGCACACAUAAUGAAGCAAUGCGCUCACUCUAAUCUGGUCAAAUUAUACGCCGUAUGCACCAAGGAAGAACCGUUUUAUAUUGUCACAGAAUACAUGUCAGGUGGUAGUCUUUUACAUUAUCUUCGAGAUGAAUCAAAUCAGCUGACAAUCCCAGCGUUGAUAGAUAUGUGUGCACAAGUAAGACCGACGUUACUUUUUCUUUUAUCUUUAGAUUGCAAAUGGAAUGAAGUAUUUAGAAGAGAGGAAGCUUGUACACAGAGACCUAGCCGCAAGGAAUGUACUUGUCGGAGAUAAAAUUUCCGGAGUCCCGAUUGUAAAGGUGGCUGACUUUGGCCUGGCCAGGAAAUUGAUGGAAGAAGACAUUUAUGAAGCCCGAAUGGGCGCGAAGUUCCCCAUCAAAUGGACUGCUCCCGAGGCUGCAAUCUGCGGCAACUUCACCGUGAAAUCUGAUGUUUGGUCAUAUGGGAUACUCCUAUAUGAGAUCUUCACGCGGGGGCAGAAUCCCUAUCCGGGUAAAUAUCAAUUUUAUAAUCAAUAUCUUCAUUCAUAGGGAUGCAUAACCGUGAGGUCAUUGAACAAGUGGAACAGGGAUAUAGAAUGCCCUGUCCAAAGAGCUGCCCUCCCGAAGUGUAUGAUCAUAUGCUCAAAUGUUGGCAUCAGCUUGCGGAGAAAAGACCUACGUUUGCUUAUUUGUAUAAUUACUUUGACGACUUCUUUGUAACUUCACAGCCGAAUUAUAUUCCUCCUCAAAACUAAUCACACGUGGAAAUCACAGAUAUACUCUCUAAAAGAAUCACAGUCUUGCCUCCGCUCCCUACGGCUAUUUACGAUUGUAAAAUGUAUCCAAUUUGUGCAAUUUUUAGACCGGAAAUGAAUUGUAAAGGAAGAUUUUGUCGUUCAGCAUUUGAAAAGAUAAAUAACUUAAGGACUUGUUUUUUUUCCAGAACACUUACAACAGUGGUUACCGAAAUAUAAGAAUGGUGAUAAUCGUGCCGCACAAUCCCCCGCACGGCAUUCUGUACUUUUGGGACACAACCGCGGUUAACCGGUCUCCCCGAUUUUUUUCUAUUUUUUCAAAGUGGACCUCCUUCUUUAAUACAUUGCUCGCUAGCCGUUCAAGAUAGAGACUUGAAAAUUGGCAUGGGUAUAGAGUAAAGGUUCCGCUUCCAGAAUAUAUAAAUAUUGUAAUGAACCCCGCGCUGUAAGCUCCGCAAUAAGAUGCAAAAAUAUUUCAUUCUUAAAACUUCUUGCACCAAAAGGUCAUUUUGCAAGAUCGAAAUGACAAAUUUUAAAAUACUGAUGUGUGCAGAAUUUUUUUCUCUUUCAGAUACUUAAAUUUCGUGGAGUUAUAUACGGGCAUGGCUGUGCUACGGACGAAAAACUGAGUUUCAUAGUGUGUUUUUUGAAAUUUUUGGAAUAUCUCUGCCCUCAGGGAACAAAUAAAUGAAGUUCCGAUUCAGUUUUGUUGCCCAUGAUGACAUAUGUAGCCUUGCCAAAUUACAAUGUUAUAUCUUCAAAAUCUAGAGAGCUAUUCGCUUUUCAACUUUUUUUAUCAAAAAUAGGCUUCAGCCCAUUUUUGUGGGGGGAUAGUGAAGGUAGCGACAAAAGUACAGAAUGCCGUGCCCCGAAUUUUCGGUCAAUUGUGGCGAUGCGUCACGACGCCGAGCUAAAGAAUCAAUUUUAGCUUACGAGGGAACGGCGAUGUGGGGGCGCAACUCGCCAAAAUGUUUGGAAAAUACAAAGGUUUGAUUCCAAUUGUAGACCGCUCUUCGUAUCUUAUCUAGAGUGUAUGUUACUGGUUAAAAUCUUCGCUUCAGAAUGAGUAGUGACUUGGACAACUACAGGAUCCAAUUGCAACAUGUGGAAGCCGCUCUUAUUGCCGAUCCGAAUAAUAAAGAGCUUUUGGAGUUGAGGGAGAACGUACAAGAAAUUAUCCGGCUUCAAGAAGAAGUACUUGCCGCUGCGGGAGAUCCAGUGACGGAAGAGACGCAGCCUUCUGCUGGUUCUUCAAAGGACAAGGAGAUUAAGUGGAAUGUUGGGGAUAAAUGCUUGGCUCCAACUAAGAAUGGGCAGCGAUACAUUGCCGUAAUUGAUGGAAUAUCACAAAACAACGUUGCCGUGACAUUUACAAGUAAGUGUUCUGUUGUAGUAAUUCUAUUUCUUUAGAUAAUGGAGUAAAGUCCAUGGUGAGGAUUCAAGAAUUAAAGGUAGCCCCUCAGGAAGAAAGAAAAAAUUAUUUGUUUCAAAACAAAGGAAAAAAUAGUGGACCAAGUAAAGAAUGGCAUGCAGAAAAGGAGCGACGGAAAGCUCGAGCACAGAAGAAAGAAAUGCGGAAGAAACAACUAGAUGAAGCCGGGGAAAAACAGAAGAACAAGUGGCUCAACUUCAACAGCAAAGCGACAAACAAGAAUUUUAAGGCAAACUAAAAAGGCUUUAAUAUAUUUUUACUUCUUUUAAGGGCAUAAAGAAAGUCGAACAAACACGAUCAGCACCGGAUGGACCAAGGAACCAGGCGACUAGCCGGAAAAUGACACAGGUAUCUUCAAGGACUAUAAAUAAGUUCGGUACCACUUCAAGAGGGAAUAUGGACUCGUUGUUUUGA